CGUGGAAGAAUCCAAAAAGGGAAGUAGCGAUAGCCCGCGCAAAGACGAAAGAGUCACUCUGGCGAGCAGAGGCGGCGCAGAGGAAACAGCCGACAAAGGGAGAGAGAUAGGGAAAGAGAGGAAUUGCGCUCCCUUGGUCGCCGCCAGUCUUGUCCCAAUGAUACAGAGGGAAUGCAGGUGGAAGAAGAUGGCUGGAAGAUUCUCUGCGCGAAGCGAUGAAAAAUAAAUGGGCAAUAGAUGCAGGGCUAGCAGGAGCUCUAAGAGGGCUAGGGCACUCGAGCAGAGCCUGUCCUUUUUUUUUUCUCUUUUUUAUUUUUUUCUCUUUUCGUCUUGGCCAGUUUCCGACCCGCCCAGCUACUGCUGCGAUCUGCACGCUACCGGGCCAAAGCCGGACUUUUUACAUGCUGUGGCGGCUCGACUUGCAAUCAAUCACCAGAUGGCGGAUAACCAGGAGUCUGCUCAUAGUGAGGAUGCCUCUCAUAAACGAAGAGUUGGCGGAAGCGAUAUAUAGUCAAGCUCGUCCUUCCUGCGGUAAGCCACCAGCCACCUUUUGUGCUGGCUGGCAUGGCUUGCAAUCUCGUCUUCUGCGCUUUGUUUGGCAGGUAGUACGUGACAGCUAGUGUAGAUAGCUAGCUAGUGAUGUGCGGCCGUUGUAGCACGCAUAUCCAGCCGUAGACAGGCGGAGUUUAGUACGUCGGGGUUCUUGAUCUUACAUUACAAAAGCUGCGUGCAUGGACCGCCCCGUCAGCUAGUAGUGUAGUAGU